AUGCCAUCGCGAGUCUGGGAGUGGCCUGCGUGGCCCGAAUUCACUUCAGAGGGGCUGAAGGAAAAUCGAGACCCCGACUUCCGCAGCACCAAGAGGGCAGUCAUUGAGCGUUAUGGUGCUGAUGCCCUUCGUCAAAGCUGGCUCCAAGUUUGCAAAGAUUUAGAGCAUGUCACUGAAGAGAUCUCAAACAAAGGAAACUCCAUCAUCCCCAUCUUUGAAACAGAGAAGGUCCUGGCUUCAGGAGGUUUCACUGAGUGUCAACGACAAGAGGUCAAGAGAAUCGGGGCCUUUGUGUUCAAGGGGGUUGUCCCGGAGCGAGAGACGACAAAGCUGUACCAGGAGCUGAAGGGCUACAUUGCAGACAACAAAGACGCUGUCAAGGGAUGGCCGGCGGAGAGCCCAUCAAUGCUCAUUCUGUACGACUCUCCAACUCAGAACACGCUGCGAGCCCACCCAAACCAGCUUCGACUCCAGCGCUUGCUAAAUGGCCUUUGGCAUGACAAGACUGGACAGACCACGAGCGACCCAUUGGUGUACCACGACGGCGUGCGUGAUCGAGCGCCUGGUCAGCCAUUUCUCGGACUGGGGCCACACAUCGAUGCGGGCAGCUUGUGCCGAUGGGCUGACGAGGGCUAUCUCAAAGCCUACGACAAAAUCUUUGCAGGGAAAGUCCACGAGCAUGAUUGCUAUGAUCUGGCAGUUCGGCAUUUGGCGAACCAGGAGCUGUUUUCUGGAGUGGCUCACUCUUCUGUGUUCCGAUCAUUCCAAGGCUGGACUGCCCUGACAGCGACCGCUCCUCGGGAGGGCACAAUCAUGGUGUACCCCAACGUCGCCAGCGUGAUUGCCUAUGUGCUGCUGCGGCCAUUCUUCAUCCCGCCGCCAGACCCCGACGAUGUUCUGGAUGCAGAGAAGUGGACGCUGGACGAAGAAACUGGCUUCUUUCCUGGCACCACAAAGCCUAACAGUCAACGGCUCAGUCGCUCUUCUCACCCGCACCUGAAGCUCGAAAAGUGCCUCGUUCACAUGCCAAGUAUUCAACCAGGCGACAGUGUCUGGUGGCACUCUGACCUUUGCCAUGCCGUGGACACGGAGCAUUUAGGCUCAAACAAUGCUUCCGUGGCAUACAUCGCGGCUUGCCCGUCCACGCCAGCUAACAAAGCCUACGUCAAGAGGCAACUCGAGGCCACCUUGGCUGGCAAGCCGUCGCCGGACUAUAGCGCAGGCAAUGACCUGGAUGAGACAAAGCUCAAGGGAUAUGUUGGCCUCGACCACCUGACGGUAGAGGCCAAGCGCGCAUUUGGAUUUGAUCUUCUUGGCAGGGCAUGAUCGAUGAUAUUGACUUGCGAUGGAAGCCAAGUGGCCUGAGAGUAGUAUUAGAAUGUGACAUACAUGUUUUCUUUCAGUAUUCGGACAGCAUGACGGGCAAUCGCGUUGUGCGACUGGACCUGUUCAAGAAUGGACAGACCAGCCUCGAUGGCCUCCUUGUACUCCAGACUGCGACCGUCGAGGGAACUUUGCCAUUCCCUGAGGAGCAGAAUUGCUGCCACGAAAAGAUGGAAAGAUAGGGCCCUAGGACAAGUUUAGAAGACCAGUAUCAGGCAUUAAUUCACCUUUGGUUGAAGUGGCACGUACCAUUGCUUCCGCAUGGACACUGGUUGGUCCCAGUU